CUCCCCAGCCUUCACCCUGUGGGUCCAACUCAAGAGAGCAAGCGGCAUGCAGCACCCCCUGGCUGGCCCAUUGUCUUCUGACCUGCCGUUGACCACUCCCAGAAGGCCCUGACGCCCUGGGGCACUUUUGCUCUGCACAGGACCACGUUGGGGUUUGCCAUGGUGACAUAAAGGGGUGUAGAGGAAGGAAGGAGCAAGACCAGCCGGUUGACUGUGCCCCUGGCUGGGAGAAAGGGCCAGGGGCCCGGAUUCUUCUCUCCACUGCCCUUUGAACAUCUUACUUCUUAAGUCUCCGAAUUUCUCAGUUCAGUGGACAACUCUUGGGCCUCCUGUGUGAGGCCUUGAGGGGGCCAGGCCAGGCUGGGCCUCUGCUGGUUGAGAUCUUGGGGGCCAGGAUGCCUGCUCUGGCGUGCCUCCGGAGACUGUGUCGGCACAUGUCCCCACAGGCUGUCCUUUUUCUGCUGUUUGUCUUCUGCCUGUUCAGUGUCUUUGUCUCUGCCUACUACUUGUAUGGUUGGAACCGGGGCCUUGAGCCCUCAGCAGAUGCCUCUGAGUCCGACUCUGGGGACCCACCACCUGUGGCUCCCAGCCGUCUCCUGCCGAUCAAGCCUGUGCAGGCGGUUGCCCCUUCCCGGACGGACCCACUGGUGCUGGUAUUUGUGGAGAGCCUCUAUUCACAGCUGGGCCAGGAAGUGGUGGCAAUCCUGGAAUCUAGCCGCUUCAAGUACCGAACAGAGAUUGCUCCAGGAAAGGGGGACAUGCCCACACUCACUGACAAGGGCCGUGGCCGCUUUGCCCUCAUCAUCUAUGAGAACAUCCUCAAGUAUGUCAACCUGGAUGCCUGGAACCGGGAGCUGCUGGACAAGUACUGUGUGGCCUAUGGUGUGGGCAUCAUUGGCUUCUUCAAGGCCAAUGAGAACAGCCUGCUAAGUGCACAACUCAAAGGCUUCCCUCUUUUCCUGCAUUCGAACUUGGGCCUAAAGGACUGCAGCAUCAACCCCAAGUCCCCGCUGCUCUAUGUGACACGGCCCAGCGAGGUGGAGAAGGGCGUGCUGCCCGGUGAGGAUUGGACUGUGUUCCAGUCCAACCACUCCACCUAUGAACCAGUACUGCUGGCCAAGACACGCUCCUCUGAAUCCAUCCCACACCUGGGCGCAGAUGCUGGCUUGCAUGCCGCCUUACACGCGACUGUGGUUCAGGACCUGGGCCUCCAUGAUGGCAUCCAACGUGUGCUGUUUGGCAACAACCUUAACUUUUGGCUGCAUAAGCUUGUCUUCGUGGAUGCCGUGGCCUUCCUCACAGGGAAGCGCCUCUCACUGCCUUUGGACCGAUACAUCCUGGUGGAUAUCGAUGAUAUUUUUGUGGGCAAGGAGGGCACACGCAUGAAGGUGGAGGAUGUGAAGGCCCUGUUUGAUACACAGAAUGAACUUCGUACACACAUCCCAAACUUCACCUUCAACCUGGGCUACUCAGGGAAAUUCUUCCACACAGGUACCGACGCCGAGGAUGCCGGGGAUGAUCUUCUGCUGUCCUACGUGAAAGAGUUCUGGUGGUUCCCCCACAUGUGGAGCCACAUGCAGCCCCACCUCUUCCACAACCAGUCUGUGCUGGCUGAGCAGAUGGCCCUGAACAAGAAGUUCGCUGUCGAGCACGGCAUUCCCACAGACAUGGGGUACGCAGUGGCACCCCACCACUCCGGUGUGUACCCUGUGCAUGUGCAGCUGUACGAGGCCUGGAAGCAGGUGUGGAACAUCCGUGUGACCAGCACUGAGGAGUACCCCCAUCUGAAGCCUGCCCGCUACCGCCGUGGCUUCAUCCACAAUGGCAUCAUGGUCCUCCCUCGGCAGACCUGUGGCCUCUUCACACACACCAUCUUCUACAACGAAUACCCUGGAGGCUCCAGUGAGCUGGACAAGAUCAUCAAUGGGGGCGAACUCUUCCUUACUGUGCUCCUCAAUCCUAUCAGCAUCUUCAUGACGCACUUGUCCAACUAUGGAAACGACCGCCUUGGGCUGUACACCUUUAAGCACCUGGUGCGCUUUCUGCACUCUUGGACCAACCUGAGGCUGCAGACGCUUCCUCCCGUGCAGCUGGCCCAGAAGUACUUCCAGAUCUUCUCUGAGGAGAAGGACCCACUAUGGCAGGAUCCCUGUGAGGACAAACGCCACAAAGACAUCUGGUCUAAGGAGAAGACAUGUGACCGCUUUCCAAAGCUUCUCAUCAUUGGCCCCCAGAAAACAGGCACCACGGCCCUCUACCUGUUCCUGGGCAUGCACCCGGACCUCAGCAGCAACUACCCCAGCUCCGAGACCUUUGAGGAGAUCCAGUUUUUUAAUGGCCACAACUAUCACAAAGGCAUCGACUGGUACAUGGAGUUCUUCCCUAUUCCCUCCAACACCACCUCUGACUUCUACUUUGAGAAAAGUGCCAACUACUUUGAUUCAGAAGUGGCACCACGACGGGCAGCUACCCUGUUGCCCAAGGCCAAGAUCCUCACCAUCCUCAUCAAUCCAGCCGACAGAGCUUACUCCUGGUACCAGCACCAGCGAGCCCACGAUGACCCAGUGGCCCUAAAGUACACCUUUCAUGAGGUGAUCACAGCUGGCCCUGAUGCAUCUGCAAAGCUGCGUGCCCUCCAGAACCGUUGCCUGGUCCCUGGCUGGUAUGCCACGCAUAUUGAACGCUGGCUCAGCGCUUUCCAUGCCAACCAGAUCCUGGUCUUGGAUGGCAAACUGCUGAGAACAGAACCUGCCAAAGUGAUGGACACGGUGCAGAAAUUCCUUGGGGUGACCAGCACCGUUGACUACCACAAAACCUUGGCGUUUGACCCAAAGAAAGGAUUUUGGUGCCAACUGCUUGAAGGAGGAAAAACCAAGUGUCUGGGCAAAAGCAAGGGACGGAAAUACCCAGAGAUGGACUUGGAUUCCCGAGCCUUCCUAAAGGAUUACUACCGGGACCACAACAUCGAGCUCUCUAAGCUGCUGUAUAAGAUGGGCCAGACAUUGCCCACCUGGCUGCGUGAGGACCUCCAGAAUACCAGGUAGCCUCGGCCACCACAGCCAGACAGAACGCUUGUGUUAGCAGGGAUGUCCUGCCUCACACUGAGCCAGACUGACCUGCCGAGAAGGGCGCUGGGCCCGGCCAGCCAAAAGCAACGAGCAAUACCCUGCUAAGGCCCACUGGGGCCAGAAGCCCAGGCAGGUCUGCAGCGUCUCCGAGCAUCUACUGCUGAAUGUUUGGCCUAUGGAUCUCUCUGGUACCGGAGGUCCAUUCCGUUUGCAGCUGCCCUGCCUGGAGAGACUACUUCCUAUUGGUGGAAGGUCAUUUCCUGGUAGGAGGGGUCCUGGAGACUCUCUCCUGUCCCUCACUGUGUUCUGCCAUCCCUGCCCUUUCCUUGGUCAUACCGGCCCCUGCUCCAGCAGGUUGUCCCCUCAGUAUUAGCUGCCAUAUUUCCCUGUCCUCCAGGCAGUAAGGGAGAAUAAUGCAGCUGGGCCUUCGCCCGACUAGAGAGGAAGACUGGGCAUGCCCUUGAGGGUUUGAGCCAGUCUCUGCCAGGGUUUAGCUGGGCGCCCAGAGGCACUCAUUGGCUUGGAUGUGAGGGUGGCCAUCAUAUGGCAUCUAUAUUUGAGUUAAUAUUACCGCAUCUCUUCUUCCCCUUAGGGGAGAGACUCUCUGGUCCCUGUAGUGUCCACCUAGUGCUCUUGGUCUCUUAUAGGCCCUGGGCCACUGCCAUGCCACUGGGCCUAGCAACAUGGGCCUGAGCCCUGCCCUGUUCACCUGGGUGUGACUGUGGUGUUUCCUGUGGUAAAGGCUGAGGCGAGUCAGGAGUCUGCCAGUGUUUGUGCUCCGUGUAUAUACAUCGUUUUACAGUCACUGCCUCGGCCAAGCAGACAUGGCAGAGUUAGUAAGACUGCUAUCCACUGCUUUGCCCAGCAACCUGUGGCCGAGGGUCCCCAGAGACCCCCCCUAACCUCCCAAAUACUAAGAAGCUAAAGUAUUUUAAUAUUUUGUGUUUUUUUUCUUGGUGCCAGAGUUUAUACCCUGGGUGCUGGGGUCGCACUGUGUUUUAUAUAUAUAUAUAAUGUGUAUAUAUAUAUUAUAUUUUUUUUGGUUGGGUUUGUUUUUAAUUAAGUCAUACACAAUGGUGGCAAGCCCUAGUCUCAAAGGGUGUCAUAUCUUAAUGCUAGAGAAUGAGUUGGAAGGGAAGGCAGAUGUUUCUCUAAGAGUCUAGGCCUCAGGAAGAUGACCAGCAGGGUCCUUCUUCCCUCUCCCACAGAGGAAGUAGAGAUGGUAAGAUGGAAAGGAAGACCAACUCUCUCCAGGAAGUCUGGGUUUACAAGCCUAGUGGCCCUGGGGUAUUUGGGCCACAGGGAAAAGCUGGGCUGGGGUGGGAGACCUAAGGCCCUGAGCUGUCCUCCCCCCUCACAUGGUGCUAGGUUGGGGGCUGCCUUGGAGAGGGUGCCCACAAAGACCCACAGAAUUGUCUCUAGACCCUGCAGACACAGGGUCUCUGACUGUUUUCUGUUUGGGUUCUGCGUCUGUCCCCCUUUAACAAUGUGAAGUCACUGAGGUUGGGUUCUCUUUCCUUGCCCCCCACCCUGCCAAUUCAGUGUCUACCAGGCGUCUGGGACACUCUGGCAUCCUGGACUUGAAGGGGUUCCGAGAUGGGCACAAAGUGGGUACAGGAAUGGGAGGUGGCCUUGGUCAAUGUCACAGAGCUGUUGGAAGCAGUAGCAAGAGCUAAAUGCAGGCCCCUGAUUCGGAGCCCAGUGCUCUUCCAGUACCACACUGCCUCCAGGCCCACCUGUGUUCCAGGGCCCUGUAUUUCUCUCAGUCACAACUGUGGUCAUUCCAGGACAUGGGGACAAACCACUCUUUCCCAGCCAGGUGCCUUUGAGCCUUCCCCUUCCAAGACCUGCACACUGCUUUCCUGUUGUGUUCUCUUGCCUCCAGAGUUCAUCCAUCCUGGUGACAGGGCUGUCUGCAUUCUGAACUAGUCUGUCCUUGAGCUCUCCACUGCUGUGGAGAGUGUUGCACGCUCAGGGGGACCUGCUUGCGUGGUUUUGGUAUACAAAGCAUGGUACAUCACGUUUCUCCUUGUGGUCUUGGGGCCCGUGGGUCCCUUCAAUACACAGUACCUGAGGACAGGAUUGGGUAUGCUCAGAUACCCUGCCAGCAAACUCGGAGUUGGGUCAAAGUGUGUGCCGUUAGCCCGACUUUCCACCCCUCAGUGAGGGUGGCUCUUGUAUCCUGAAGGUUACUCUUUGAGACCCUGUGAGAGCUGAGGUAGGGUGGUUAGAGUGGCCCUUGUAUAACGUGCAGCUCUAUUAGCCUCCUCCUCUGGCUUCAGGUGAAAACAGGCAGGCUGGAGACUGGCAGACAGAGGAGAUGCUCUCUAUGGUCUGUUCCCUUCUAAGACCCUGGAGACUGCCAUCUGUCUAAAUCUGUAGAUUAUUGCUGCUACUAUGUCCCUUCUUGCUACUGGACCGAGACUCCGCCCCAGCUUGCAGAUACUGGGUCUUGGAAAGUAGCUAAGUUUGUCCUAGGAUCUCUCAACUAGAAUGACUGGAGGCAUUUUGGAAAAUCAAAAAAAAUGUUUGAGGAAAUUCACUUCAGUUGUUCAGGCCAUUCCCCACCCCCUCCAGUCUCUGCCAGCAGCCUUUGCCUUAUGGGUGCAGAUCACCUACAACUGCCUCAGUCAUUCCAGGUUCUAGCGCUUUCUAUGGGGCAGGCACCUCUGAGAGCAUGAUGUUAAAAUGGACCUUUUCAAACCCUGAUGUGUGAGCAGUGGGCGCUUCUGAGUCUGCUGACUUCAGUGGAGGAAAACUGGCCUGUCUUACCCUGGAGCCCACGGACAUGUCAGGGGAAGAGCCAGUUCAGAACUGUCUUGCCCAGUGUUGGGUUCUGAGUGCCAACCACCCUUCAUCUGGGCUGAAGGAGGUUAGCAUUUGCCAGUUUGUUUUCUUUCUCUGUACAUUUAUGUAUUUUCAAAGUGAGUUGCAGAGACUGUUUGUCCCUGUUGUUGCCCUAAGAGGUAAGAGCCUUCUGCCAGAUCAGCCAGUGCCACAGCCGAGAUAGUAGUUCCAUCCUCACUAACAACUGCUGUCUAGUCUGUACCCAAAGGUCCCCUACCCCACCCCCCAGCAAUUAUACCUGGUUUUAGAUUGGAUUCAGUCAGGGCAAGAACAUUGUAUUUUAUUAAAAAGUUUCUUUGAAUUCUAAAAAGGUUUCCCGAUUUUUUUUUUUUUAAUGUUUGAUUUUUGUUUGUUUGAGACAAGGUCUCAUGUUGUCUUGG